UGUUGUUGUGUUGUUUCUGGUAGACAAUACAGAGAGAACAACCGUGACAGUAACCAGAAACGAGCAGACGGCAUCAAGAACCCCAGAACCAACUGGGAACCCAGGAGCUGUCAGUAACCCCCCCACCCAGACCAAAACAGGAUCUCCCACUGCCGAGAGCCUAACUGGAACCACGUCCCUGCAAACCACCACCUCCACCAUCUUCUCCACCGCCGCCGCCGCCACCACCACCACCACCACCGCCGCCGCCGCCGCCGCCACCACCACUGCCACCACCACGACGGAGCCUCAGGUGAAGACGCUGCAGUAUUCUCUAAACAGCAGACAUGAGAGACAGGAAGACAAAGAGCUUGUGGAGGUGUGCAAGCGGCUGAUGAUGAAUAUGCAAGAUGGAAACUGCACCCUGACGUGGAACAGCCACAACGGCAAAGUACAGUUUGAGAAUGUGGAGAUAAACGGCAAAGUGAGAACCAACCUUGCAACACAGUAUUAUGAAGAAAUCUCCAAGAAGAAAGCAGAUAAUAAAACCCUGAUAGCCAUCCUGGCCUCCUGUGGAGCUCUGCUCAUCAUGAUCGUCAUCCUCGCUGUGUGCGCCUCCCACCAUCGCAAGCCGUACAACGAGAACCAGCAACACCUUACAGAGGAGCUGCACACGGUGGAGAACGGUUACCACGACAACCCCACACUGGAGGUGAUGGAGGUGCAGCCGGAGAUGCAGGAGAAGAAGUUGGCGCUGAACAACGAGUUCAACGACAGCUGGAUUGUUCCCUUCGACAACCUGCUGAAGGAGGACAUACCCGACGAAGAGGACACCCACCUGUAAGACACGACCAGGGGAUAAAGGAAGAAAAGGAGACAACAACAGGACCUGGCUGGUUCCAACCCAAACUUGUCAAAAAACUUCUUGAUCUGUGCCAGCCUGCAUCUUGGUAUGAAAUCAAAAAUCAAACACUGUGAGGAUGAAAAACCAACAAAAUCUGACACAAUGGCCUUGAAAAUGUAAUGUUUGAAACCCACUAAAUUGAAUAGGUACAACUGUGCCUAUGCAGUAGUUUUGUGCCUUCGCUUCUACUGUUCUAACAAAACGAGCUGAUUUGAACCCAAGCACCUGUAUGUACAGUAUUUUUAUAUUAGCUUCUGCAUGUGGGGAAGAGCCGGCGCAAACUGAUCUUUUGGCUUCAGAGGCGCGAGAAGAUGAACAGAGAAGUAACAGUAACGUCAGCUGCCUUGGCAGUUCCAGAGUAACUAACUUAGGUAGAAGACCUCAGGAUACUUCAAAGCAUCCUGGUGAUUUUCCACUAGUGUGUGUGUGUGUGUGUGUGUGUGUGUGUGUGUGUGUGUGUGUGUGUGUGUGUGUGUGUGUGUGUGUGUGUGUGUGUGGUGUGUGUGUGUGUGUGUGUGUGUGUGUGUGUGUGUGUGUGUGUGUGUGUGUGUGUGUGUGUGUGUGUGUGUGUGUGUGUGUGUGUGUGUGUGUGUGUGAGGACACUGCCAGUGGCUGGAAGAGCUGCACUGGUACAACUGAGCACUAACUAAAAGACACAGCUUGCCCACAGAGACACUGCUGAAGACAGAUGGGUCAAUAGAAAUAAGACAAAUGAAGGGUGUUAAUCCAAAAUUCCACACAUUGAAUCUAGGGUGUAUGGAAAGCCAGAAGGGACAGCUCACACAUAUAGUUUGUCUUGAUAACAGUUAAAGUUGUGUUCGUGUGAUCACAAAAUAAUAACGCAGCAUCAAGAAAUCAUGAAAAAGCGGUUAGUUUAGAGCCAAAAAAAAAAAAAGUUAAUUGAUUAAUCAAUUGGUCCUCCAACAGUUUGAUAAUUGCUUCAUAAUUUUUAGGCAAAACUUCACAGGUCAAAUGUGAUUAUUUGCUGGUUUUCUCGGUUGUGUGUCAUAUUCAGCCGCACAUCAUUAAGUAUUGGACAAAGACAGUUUUGAAUAUUGUGAAGUUUUACUUCAUUAUAAACGAAACAAUGAAUUGAUAAAGUAACUGACAGCUAUCAAUAAUCAAAGUAAUUGUUAGUUGCAGCCAAGUCUUUACUUCUGUCAUCUAGCUCAGUAUUCUUUAAGAAUGUUUUAGUAACCUUCACCUUCUCUGAUCAGAAAAUAAUAUCACAUCUUUUAAAAAACUUAAAGGAUAAUUCUGGUUUACUACAUUUUGGGUGUUUUUACAAAGCUCUGUAGUUUCAGCUGUCAUCACCAUCAGUUCUGAUAAGCUGUAUUCAACUGCUGACAUCGCUGCAGCAAAGUCCAGUGGGCAAGAAACGCUAGCAGUCAGAAGAUCAGAGACUAAAAAAACCAACAGUUUAUCCAGAUGAUGGACAUUAUGCAGCUCACUUUCUGAGCUCAUCUGAAAUGUCGACAACAAUCCCUCAGUGCAGGAAAACUGUACGGGUUCACCUAUGGUUAGUACAGCAGGUCAAAGUUAAACCAGAGGCCUCUUUCACACAAGAAAUUUGUUAGUGCUGCUUACACAAAGAUUGCAAAUGGAAACGUCAUGAAAUAAUAGUUUUCCUUUCACAAAUUAAAAGUUGAAUUCAUAAAUAAAACACACCUUUGCCCACUAACUUACAAUGGCUACUCAAACUUCAGAUAGAUAUUGCUUCCAUACUGUUUUUGGUGCUGUUAAACUAUGUUGUAACAUGUUCUAGAAACAGAACAAAAACAGAAGUAAACAGCGGAUGUGUGUUGUUCUGUACCACUUACCUUCAGCUUUCUUCAUUCUCUUCAUUCCCACUCAGUCAGACCAUGCAGCGACAAUGUCUGUAAAGCAACUGAACUGAGAGAAUCUUGGGAAAUGAAGUGAAAAGAUGAAUUAUCCUGUGAGAACCAUUUGUGGCCAGAGUGGCUGCUGUUCAAAAAAAAAUUACAGUGUCACUUUAAAGUGUCGUGCUGCAAAUUGCAACUCAGACCCCCCAGUCUGUAAACUGUACAAAACCUGUCAGACUGCUCGUCUCCUGCCCUGUUGGACUGUAUAAUAUAAUUACAGCUGAUAGGAGUGAUGCCAAAACCACUAAAAUAACACUCAUUGUAAUAUUGUGGAAUUGUCCUUUACCUACACCGAAUGAUAAUGAUGUGUUUUUAUGAGAGUCGAGGUGCAAAGCAGGUUGAGACUUUCUUUACUGUACAGUCUUCUUGAAAAGAAACAUUACAGUCAGCUAAUCACUGGUAACAAGAAAUACUUUUUAAAGCUGAUACUGGUCAAAUCAGACACUGUUCCAAAACCAUGGCGCAUGUCUGAUUCAAACACUGUAAAUAAUGUGUACAUUUUUUCCACUGUUGCUGAUACAGGAAGGGUUGAGUCAUCAGAUGUUUUAAGAUGUCUGAUCUGGCAUUAAUACCCUCAUCUCAACACUUAAAAAAAAAAAAAAAAAAAAAAAAAAAAAAACUCUCAUUUUUGAAUUCUUGUUUUGUGCAGUUUAAUUAUGUUCUUCCCUUUAAACCAAGUAAGAAGUUAAUAUAUAUUCACUUCCACUUCAAACUAUAUUCAAGUCAAUCACCUCGGGCACUCCAAUUCAACUUUUGUUGUUGUUUCUAUUUUGUGUGUAUUUUUUCACUUCUAUUAUAGUGGUGCCAUUUUCACCAAAGUACAUUACCAGUAUUUGAUGUAUUUAUGAUUUGUUUGCUGCUGCAGGCAAACAGCAGGGGUCUGACACACUGGAAACUGUAAACUCUCAAUGGCCUUGGCGGUCAUAUCCAGAUUUACAAAUAAAGGAAGCGUUUUUCCA